CGGCGACCCACCGUUUUAUUUGGGGGCCGCCGGUACAUGAUACGCAGGUUCCGCGGAAAGGGUAGUUUCAGCUGCGGUGUACCUCCACCACAUGUACUGUAGUGUCUGUUUACCCGCCCGCCCGCCCGCCAUGCGAUGCUCUACUAUUCUAUAUGGUUUUCUGGUUCUCUUCUCUUACUGCCCCCAUCUUUACGAGCUUUUUAUUCUGGUGGUUGCUGUCAUUGUUGUUGAGGUUAUACAGAACGCCCAUAGUCCUCCGCAGUUAUGUUAUUAUCCAGUGCACGUCCACAGUAUCUUUGCGAUCACUCACAAAAGACAAACCCAAGCUCAAUCACCACCAUCCCAACCAUGUCUUACUUUUUUUUCUUCUUCUACAUUUCCCUUCAUACAUACACCUCUCCCUCUCCCCUCUUCCCCAAUACCACAAGCCUCCCACUUUCUUUUUCCUGCACCUUAUUUAUUUAUAUCUAAGACAAAAAACCACAUCAAGCAUCGUCACCUGCCUCAAGCUCAAGCCCCAGCAUACACCUGCAUCCAUACAUAUCAAACACAACCAACCAGAACCCCAAACCAGCAAAAGAGAAUGACGACAACAACAACAACAACAACAACAACAACAACAACAACAACAACAACAACAACAACAACAACAACAACAACAACAACAACAAAAAACAUACGCAAGCAACCCACAUCUUUCCUGCGUGCCUGAGUCACAAACCCCGGGUCACAAGAUCACAGAUGACUCAACCAGUGCAUAAGCGACCAUCCCCCAAAAACCACCACGGAGUAGUUCACAGGCUUUGUAGGUAGCCGUGCACUUGCUCACUAACUCACUCACCUCCCGACUCCUGACUGAGUCAAGGUUAGUGCAACACAACGCGGCUAGCUAGCGUGGAUGGAUACCUGGGUUAUUAUGUUUGUGUUUGUGGUAGGCUUGUAA